AUGAAGUUCUCCAGAGUGUCCCUACUAGCUGCCGCGUCCACCGCCCUCGCUGCCCCAACUGUGACUGUGACUGAGCACGUCCACCAACAGCACACUGCAGUUGUUCAAGGUAUGGUGGUUGUCGAGAACGGUGUCGCUUCCACUUCCUGGACCACGAUCAUUGACCAGGGUGCGUCGACUUCGACCUCUUCCGACUCUGGCAGCGCCACUCCUUCUGCGUACUCGACUGCCUCUACCGGUUCUGUUGCCGUGAGUGCCGUUGCAGACUACGAGGUGGACACCAGCUCUUCCUCUGAUGCUUCUUACUCUGCCGCUUCGACUUCUUACUCUGUGAGUGCUGCGUCGCAGAGCAUUGCUGCUACAAGCGUGGAGGCUACUACCACUUUGGCUCCUAGCACAACUUCUACGGUUGCCUCUUCCACCUCCACCACAUCCACUCCUUCCAGCACAUCCGCUCCUUCCAGUACAUCCACCCCUUCGUCUACUUCGACUUCUUCAAGCUCUUCAAGUAGCGCCACUUCCGACUUUUCCUCUUCAAUUUUGGCUGAACACAACACUAAGAGAGCCUUGCACGAAGACACCUCCGACCUAACUUGGUCCGAUACCCUGGCCACCUACGCCCAAAACUACGCUGACAACUACGACUGUUCUGGUAACCUCGUCCACUCUGGCGGCCCUUACGGUGAGAACUUGGCCUUGGGAUACUCUGCUACUGGUGCCGUUGACGCCUGGUACGGCGAGAUUUCAAGCUACGAUUUCUCCAACCCAGGCUACUCCUCCUCUACAGGCCACUUCACUCAAGUUGUGUGGAAGUCCUCAACCCAGGUUGGUUGUGGUAUCAAGGCCUGUGGUAACGAAUGGGGCAACUACGUUAUCUGCUCUUACAGUCCUGCCGGUAACGUCAUCGGCGAGUUUGACACCAAUGUCAUGGCUCUCAAAUGA